AUGACGUCACUUCCCAGUUAAACGUGGCUACCCCGCGAUUGAAGGAAGGAGUGGCAUCAGGAUCUGUCAAAAGUUAAAUGAUUUUUCUUGAACAUUAAUGAAUAACUACGACGAUUAAAUAGUUUCAAAGUGCAUCUUAGAGUUAAUCCGAAGUUUUGUACGAACAAUAAAAGAAGAAAAGAUGUCGUCCUCAGGCGAUUUCGGUAACCCUCUGCGUAAAUUCAAGCUUGUCUUUCUCGGCGAACAGAGCGUUGGUAAAACUUCUCUCAUCACACGAUUUAUGUAUGACAGCUUCGACAACACGUAUCAGGCUACAAUAGGUAUAGAUUUUUUAAGUAAAACUAUGUAUCUAGAAGACAGAACAGUGAGAUUACAACUUUGGGACACUGCUGGUCAAGAACGGUUUCGUUCUCUAAUACCUAGCUAUAUCAGAGAUUCUACGGUUGCAGUUGUUGUUUAUGAUAUUACUAAUGCUAACUCGUUUCAUCAAACAUCAAAAUGGAUCGAUGAUGUUCGAACUGAAAGAGGAAGUGAUGUUAUAAUCAUGCUAGUGGGGAAUAAAACAGACUUGAGUGAUAAGAGACAGGUUUCUACAGAAGAGGGAGAACGAAAAGCUAAGGAUUUAAAUGUGAUGUUCAUCGAAACUAGUGCUAAGGCAGGAUAUAAUGUUAAACAGCUAUUUAGAAGAGUAGCAGCAGCUUUACCCGGCAUGGAUUCCACUGAAAAUAAACCUCCCGAAGACAUGCAAGAGGUAGUUCUGAAGGAUACACCAAUUGAACUCAAAGCAUCGGAGAGCAGUUGUGCAUGUUAAAGCCACCGUCGGCCUAAUGGUAGACAGGAUACAUUGAAAUAAGUUAAAUUAAAAUCUUAUUUUAGGACAUUAGGAGACAAUGAUAUUUGGUCUGUGUUUUUCGCAGCAUUGAUGAUAAUGCAUAUGAAUAUUGUGAAAAACGAGAGCACUUGUAUUUAAAUGGUAAUGAUAUUUUGGUUGGUAAAAAAAAAGGAUAGCGAGAGACAGUCUAAGCGAACUGAAUAGCCUAAGCGGACUGCUUUUACACAAUAAUGUUUGUAGCUAUACUCGUAAAUCGUAGUUUUUAUCUUAAUUUAAUUCUGUAUUAUUUUUUAAAAGUAUUUUUCAAUCACACGGCUUUUCAUCGCGUAAGUACUAUUUUAUUUAAGACAUAAUUUUAUGUUAUAUUUUGCAAUGCUUCUUUUUUCCUCCCCCUCUCUCUUUUUUUUUUUUUGUAUUAUUUUUGUUUUGUCUUGUCUUUUACACGUUAAUUGUGUUCUACGUGAAAUGAGAACAAAAAAUUAAACAAGCAAGAAGGAAAAAAGAACAGAAUUUCAAGUUUUUUCAAUGUACUUACUGUAAUAUCGAUGAGCAAUAUAUUCGACGAUUUUUACUAUCCGAACUGUACGUAUUACAUAUAAAUAUAAAGAAUUCGUAUUCUAGGUAAAAUGCUGUGUGCAUGUUGAAGGCUGAUAUGCAUGGUGCCUUGCACCAUCAGUAGAAAGAAAAAGAAAAAGAAAAAGUUUUCGAAAUUAUUGAAUUUAUUUAACGAAAAGUAAAUAUAUUUAAGCAAUGUAAAUUAACAUAUUGCGUAAAUGCAGUCACGAUAUAAUAUAAUAGUAGUCUUUUACACGCCGGCGCAGGUUUAUUAAUCAAAGAGAGAGAGAGAGGGAGAGAAGGAGAAAGAAAAAGAGAGUGAUUUUAACAUUAUUUCUUAAUCGUCAGCAAUAAUUCUAUAUUCAUAAAUUUAU